CGGGACCAGCCCCGGCCCUGCCUUCCUCGCCGAUUCGUUCUACGGUAUAGCCGUUGACGGGGCUCCGCCGUCGUUCUGCGUCUCCUCCUCUUCUUUCUCCGCGCUCGCUGGGCAACUGAUCGCUCUCGCUUCUCGUUCCCAUGGCUACUGAGCGGCCUUUCCAGCUGGUGGUGUUCGGGGCCUCGGGCUUCACGGGGCAAUACGUGGUCCAGGAGGUAGCGCGAGUGGCUGCCGAGGAUGAGCUGCGAGGCUCCUUGCGCUGGGCCGUGGCCGGGAGGACUCGGGAGAAGCUGCAGGCGGUGGUCGAGAAGGCGGCCACCAAGCUGGGGAAAACAGAACUGAAGUCAGAAGUUGGCAUAAUACUAUGUGAUGUCAGUGAUCCAUCUUCUCUUGCUUCAAUGGCUAAACAAACGGGUAUUGUUCUAAACUGUGUAGGCCCAUACCGUUUUUUUGGAGAGCCUGUGAUAAAAGCUUGUACUGAGAAUGGCACAAGCUGUAUCGACAUUAGUGGAGAACCGCAGUUUCUGGAAGGAAUGUAUCUGAAUUAUAAUAACAAAGCUGAAGAAAAAGGAGUAUAUAUUAUUGGAAGCUGUGGUUUUGAUUCUAUUCCAGCAGAUAUGGGAGUAUUAUUCACCAAAAACAGUUUAAAAGGUACCUUAACUGCAGUUGAAAGUUUCUUGACUACAAAAUCUGGACCAGAGGGUGCCUGUAUUCAUGAUGGAACCUGGAAAUCAGCUAUAUAUGGCUUGGCAGAUCAAGACAACUUGAAGAAAAUUAGAAAACAAAUUGGAUAUAAACCACUUCCAGUAUUUGGAGCAAAACUCAAGAGAAGAGGUGCAGUAUUUUACAGUAAUGAAUUCAAACAGUAUUCCAUUCCAUUCAUGGGAUCAGAUGUCUCUGUAGUAAAACGAACUCAGCGGUAUUUGCAUUCACAUUUGCAGGAAACACCUGUGCAGUAUGCUGCUUACGUCACUGUGGGUGGACUUGCUUCUGUCGUGAAGCUAAUGUUUGCUGGCCUUUUAUUUUUAAUGCUUGUGAAGUUCAACUUUGGAAGAAAGCUCCUGCUAAAAUAUCCUGAAUUCUUUUCUGGAGGAUAUUUUACAAAGGAGGGACCAACAGAAAAACAGAUGGAAGAAGCAUCUUUUGAAAUGACUUUUCUUGGAGAGGGGUACAGCACAGGACACAAUCCACAAGAGGGCAAACCCGAUGUUAAAAUCUGCACCCAAGUGAAGGGACCAGAGGCUGGUUAUGUUGCUACACCUAUAGCAAUGGUUCAGGCUGCUGUGACACUUCUCAAGGACAAGAAUUCUCUUCCUAAAAAAGGUGGUGUCUAUUCUCCUGGGGCUGCAUUCUAUAAUACAAAACUUGUGGAGAGACUGAACAAGCAUGGAAUUGAAUUCUCCGUCAUAAGCAAGCCUGAAGCCUGAAAAAAACACACACACACAGAGACAACAUGCCCAGCAAGCCUGUUUGUUUGUGCAUGUGUGCAUGUGUGUGUGCGUGCACAUACACAUUCAAAAUGAAAUAAUAAAAAAUAUAGUUGCUAAAUUUAAUAUAUGUAGUGUAAAGAUACUGUUGCUUGAAUGGUUCAAAUGAGAGUUCGGAAGAUGGACUUAUUAGUAUUGGAAAUAGGUAUCAACUGCUAUAACUACAAUGGUUAACCUAAUGGAAAGAUCCACAGAGCUCUCUUGCUUUUUUAGAAACAAAGACUUAACAAACACAUUCAGCUGAAUUUCCAAUAGGCAUCAAAUUCUAACUGUGAUUCAUUUCAUUUUUUAAACAGUAACUAUGUAUAUAUUUUUUUCUAUUUGAUUUUUGAAAGUUAUUGCAGGUUCAUUUGUGGAGACUGUGCCUUAACUGCUCAAAUAUUGGAGGUGGGAAUAAAUUCCAUUGACAUCUAAGCUUUAUUACCCAGCCAUAUGUGCAUUUAUUCAAAUAUGUUUUACUGACAAAUGAAACAAAAUAAUUGUGCUCAGCUUAGGUCUUACAGGGUCCAGUAUUUUUCUAUAUUUAAAUAUUUGCUGUAGCAUUAUGAAAGCAUUUAACCUGUUAAGUGGUAACAUCAUAUCUUAAGUAUCCAUUGCAGCUGAAACAUACCUGAGUAGCUGGCAUUUUUAAGAACUUAAUCUCAUGUCAGAAGAUGGUAAUAUAUAAGAAUAAAGAUAUUUAGUUGCUGUUAUUUUCUUUGUUAUUUUUCAGUGCAAUAAAAGGGUUGAAAAUCUG